AUGCCCAUGCCUGUUCCUGUGCAACCAACCUCGCACACGGACCACACCCUGGCCAGUCACGUGGGCGCGCGCACAGCAAAUGCCACAGACACACAGCUCACCGCAACAACUGAGUCGGAGACACCACUCUCAGCCAUCACACCAUCGGCACUGGAG